CUUUUAUGAUUUUAGUAGGGAUAGGAAAGCCGGUAGCGGUGUCAUUUCAUGACAAGGUGGCAAGUUUGUGCAAUGCAACAUGCCUGUUUUUCAUCUAAACACCUCUCUCUCUCUCUCUCUCUGAAACGGUGUUCCUUCGUAAGCAAAAUCUCUCUCUGAAACAGUGUCUGUUCGUCAGCGAAAUCUCAUCUUUCUUCUUCUUCAAAAUCUACGUUGUCAUGGACGAUCAAAUCAUUGAGAUGCUUACAGAAAAGUUCAAUCGAUUCGGUAUUAAUUGCAAUUUGAAGCCGUCAUCAGAGCCACAGCCAAGCGUAUCAACUGAAGCUUGUGAUGAAACAGCAGAUAAUGUAUUAGCACAACUGAACAAUGAGACCUCUGACAAUAUGGAUGAGAGUAGUAUAUCCAAUGGAAUCCGUGAAUGUUCUCCUGAUGAGGAUCGUACACUCCCAAUAUUGAAGAAAAUCCUUGACUUGAGUACUAAAAUUCAGAAUUUGAAGAAACAACAUGUAGCCCUAUCUGAUCAAGUGAAACUCACAGCUGAGUCAUUUACAGGCCUAGAUGUUUUAAAGUCUGUUCAGCUUCUUGGUACUGAAUAUGAAGUGUUGAAAAGGAAGUACCUAGAGGAGUCCUCUGAGCGUAGGCGGCUUUACAACAAAGUGAUUGAACUAAAGGGAAAUAUCAGAGUUUUCUGUAGAUGCAGACCACUAAAUGAAAGUGAAAUUGCAAAUGGAUCAGCACUAUCUGUUGUCAAUUUUGAGUCAACUUCUGAUGGGCUUCAAGUCAUUUGCUCUGAUUCUUCAAAAAAGCACUUUAAAUUUGAUUAUGUAUUCAGACCUGAAGAUAACCAAGAGACUGUUUUCGAACAAACAAUACCUAUCGUCACAUCUGUAUUAGAUGGGUAUAAUGUUUGCAUUUUUGCAUAUGGUCAAACUGGAACCGGCAAGACCUUUACUAUGGAAGGAACACCACAGCAUAGGGGAGUUAACUAUAGAACCCUGGAGGAAUUAUUUCGAAUAUCUGAAGAGAGAAAUGACGUAAUAAAAUAUGAAUUGUUUGUUAGCAUGUUGGAGGUUUACAAUGAGAAGAUAAGAGAUCUUUUGGUGGAAAAUUCAGUUGAACCUACUAAGAAGUUGGAGAUAAAGCAAGCUGCAGAUGGAACCCAAGAAGUCCCAGGACUCGUUGAAGCUUGUGUUUAUGGAACAGAUGACGUGUGGGAAAAGCUGAAGUCUGGUAACCGAGCCAGAUCUGUUGGAUCCACUAGUGCUAAUGAGCUUAGCAGUCGUUCUCAUUGUUUGUUGCGAGUGACUGUUUUAGGGGAGAAUUUAAUCAAUGGCCAGAAAACAAGGAGUCACCUUUGGCUAGUAGAUUUAGCUGGCAGUGAGCGUGUGGUGAAAACUGAAGCUGAAGGAGAAAGACUGAAGGAAUCUCAAUUCAUAAACAAGUCUCUAUCAGCACUUGGUGAUGUUAUUUCUGCCCUUGCAUCCAAAUCAGCCCACAUACCUUACAGGAACUCAAAGCUCACCCAUAUACUCCAGAGCUCUUUAGGAGGUGAUUGCAAAACUUUAAUGUUUGUCCAGAUAAGUCCAAGUGCAGCAGACUUAACAGAGACACUUUGUUCUCUGAAUUUUGCCGCACGUGUACGAGGAAUUGAGAGUGGCCCAGCCCGCAAGCAAACAGACCUUACUGAACUGAAUAAGUACAAGCAAAUGGUAGAAAAGGUCAAACAUGAUGAGAAGGAAACUAGAAAAUUACAAGAUAACUUGCAGUCAUUGCAAAUGAGACUUACUUCAAGAGAACUCAUGUGCCGAAAUCUUCAAGAAAAGGUUCGGGAUCUUGAGAACCAGGUGACAGGGGAGAGAAAAAUGAGACUGAAACACGAAAAUAUAUUGCUUGCAGCAGUUUCAGCUCAACCUUCAACAAUGUGGGAGUCAAUAGCUUCUGAUCAGAAAAUCAUGAAGAAGCCACCGCUCGAUCCAAGACUGCCACUUAGAAGAAUUACUAACAUUUUGCCUCCACCACCAGAGAGAAGGCCCUCAUACAGCCCUUCUAUGGAUGAACAGGAAAACGUUGCUAGAACAACUUCAAUUAACGCACAAGACCUUGUGAAACCAAGAAGGGGGGUAUCCAUAGCGGUAAGACCCCCACCCCCACCAUCAACAUCACAGUCCCUUCAGCCAAGAAGGAGGCGUGUUUCCGUAGCUACACUGUGUCCUGUCAGAACUCCACUCUGUUCCCCCACUCGGCAAUCACUGAUAAGGCCCUCAUGCAGCUCUUCCAUGGAUGGACAGGAAAGCGUUGCCAAAACAACCUCAAUUAACACGCAAGACCUUAUGAAACCAAGAAGAAGGGGGGUAUCCAUAGCUGUAAGACCCCCACCCCCACCAUCAACAUCACAAGCCCGUCAGCCUAGAAGGAGGCGUGUUUCUGUAGCUGCUCUGUGUCCUGUCAGAACUCCACUCCGUUUCCCCACUCAGCAAUCACCGAAAAGGAACCAAAGGGAAGCUCAGUAUUCAAGGUUGUUUGCCAUAUUGCCAGAAGCUAGAACCUCAGUUGAGACAGCAUCACCAACUUUGAUGAGGAGCAGCAGUAAGUUUGCUGGCAGCCCGAGGCAUCCAAGACGCAAACCUUUAGUGUGGACUCCUCUCAAGCAGAAGGGGGGCUUGAAAAUUAGCAGCAGAAAGUCAUUGGUUAUACCAUCUCGGCCCUUCUACUGAAUGCCUGUGAUCUCUGUUUUCUAAAACAUAGGAAAAUGCCUGAAAAAUAGCAGAUUUCAUUACUCUAGCCAUCUCGGCCUUCCUCACCCAAAUGCAAGGAACUAAAUUGAUUCCUUAGAAGUGCAGAAAAAGUUAAAUUUUUAGAGUCUUACUGCUGUUGGUUUUGUAAAUUGAAAUUCUUUUCUUUUAAUAAUAUCCAUUGUUCAUUAUACUUCUAA